GUUGUUGGAGAUACUUAAAUAUAUGUAUAUAUAUUAAUCACUUUAAAUAACUGAUAGACUAAAUGUUCCAUUAAUAAAAUACAUAAUUAAUAUUUAAAUUUAUAACGAAACGUUUCAAAAAACACAAUAUCAAAGGUCAACAUCAAAUAGAAAAUGUCUACUGAUUAUAUACUACUGACAGAUGAUGCAUACGGUCAAGAUUUGUAUAUGUUAAAUAGAUGUUUAGAUGAUAUUGAAUGGUUUGAAAAAAAUUUUAGAAAAAGUUUUAGAUUUUCAACAGACGAACUUGACAAUAAACAGACUAUAAAUGUAAAACAAAAUAAUGAUGAACCGCCAGAUUCUACUGUAGCAAUCGAUUCUUUACAAAAAGUUAAAUAUGCAUUCAAUAUUAUUGAAAAAAUUCGUAAAUCACUACCAUAUAUAUCAAAAGAAAUUUUUGUUUAUUUAAUAAGAAUUGUACGUAAAGUUCAUACAGUUGCAAAAUCAAAACAAAUUACUACUUACAAUUCUAAUAUUGUAGUUGAUGUAAUUGAACCAUUAUUGAAUGAAAAUACUAUUACGUCAAUACUUAAAUUAUUAUCAGUUAAAACAAAAGAAUUAUGGUUAGAUCUUGGACCUGCAUGGAAUACACCAAGCUCAAAGUGGCCCAAUCCUUUGAACAUUUAUAUGCCAAUAUUUUAUCAUCCAUUGAAAAAAAGAUCUAGACAUAGAUCAAAUGAAGUGAUCAGUCGAAAUCCAGUAUUUAAUUCACGAAUAGUUCUGAAAGGAGCAUCAGAAAUCAAUGAUGAAUAUGAACCACGUUUUCAUGGUGGUUUGCGUUAUUUCCGCAUUGAUGAUAAAGAAUAUUUGGCCUAUCAACGAUUUCGAAAAAGAACUAAACAACAUGAUGAAUCUCCAGGUAAAUAUACUACACGUGAUCCACAAUCAGUUCAUAGUUAUACUAAGAAUAGUAAUAAUGAUAUAAAUGGGAAUCAAGAUUAUGUGAUCAAGUUAUCUGAUCAUCAUAAAAAAAAUUGCACUCUGAACGAUUAGUGUAAACUGAUCAACAAUGUAAACAUAAAUUCAAAAAAAAAUUUUUUUUUAAUAAAUAUGUUCAGUUCGAGUGGAAAUCAGACAGAUGAAUUGAUGACCUUCAUUACAGAUUGUAUAAAAUGUUUUUUUUUACAGUCUGAAUAUAUUACAUCAUUUUAUUAGUAUUGUUACUAAGAUAUUUGAUAUAAAUGAUUUAAUGAAAGAAUGUUAUUUACAUUUUGUAAUUCAGAAUAACAGUGAAAGAAUUACAGUUUGUUUUGUUAAUAAAUACUUCGAGAUUCCAUACAAUAUAUAAGUAAUAUAUUCACUUGAAUGAAAAUAUUCACUAUUUGAAAGAACAAUAUCUUACAUCUACACAAUUAAAUUUAUUCUAAAACUAAUAUAAUAAAAUAUAUGACAAAUAUUAUCCAUAAUAAAUCAAAGAAGAAAAAUACACUUAAAACUAGUUCCUCAUAUUUUUUUAAGGAAGGAAAAAAGAAUGAUAGUUUCCAUCAAGUUUCUUUAUCUUUCGAAAUUUUAUUGUUUACUUAAAAAAAAAAUUGAUUGAUUCAUUGUAUCUGUGCUUAAACAACAUUGAAAUCUUUAUCUUUUUAAUUUAAACAAUCAUCUGUUUACUUUUUUUUAAAAAAAAAUAAUAAAACUAUUUAACAUUUAUAAUCAGAUUUUUAAAGAAAGAUUCAAUCUAUAUGAUUAUUACAAAUCGUUAUUUCCUUAUAAUCGAUAUUUACAUUGAUAUUUUCUUAUUACUAAGUGAAUGAUUAUGAUUUUAUUUUUUUGUUUUUUUUGUUGUCAAAAACUAUUGAUUCGAUGGUCUCGUUUCUGUUUUCUUCUAAUUUUACUUUCUUUUAUCUUUUAUGUAUUGUGUUGUUGGUUAAAGUGAUUCAUUAACUUUGAAUAAAGAAACAUAAAUAACUAAAUACAUUAAAUUUAUACGAAUAUUCAUCAAGAUUAGAACGAAUAGUUUGACAGUAAUUGAGCGCCGAGUAUAGAGAAGUCAUUAUAUGUGAAAAUUAUAUUUCAAAUAUUCUCAGCGAUUGAAAUUUAACUCAUUCCAACGUUUCGUCCAGCUAACUUGUCUGGACUUCUUCAGGGUAAUAAUCAAAAUCAAAAUUAUCAAAGAAAUAUA